GGCGCCGAGGUGAUCAAGCUGAAGAAGGAGCGCUCGGCCUGCUACUUGGAGUUCGACGAGCUGCUGAAGGACGGCCAGAACGCCGAGCAGAGCAAGGUCAUGGCUGCGCUCCGCCCGCAGGAGUUAGAGGGCUCCGUGGGGAUCUUGGCUGCAGCCCGCAAGACGCUGGCACCCACGACUGCGCCAACGAGCUCGUCUGGGGCUCUGCCUCGAGCGCUUGGACCAGACCCCUCAGAGAAUGUCACCCUGAAAGCGAAGGAGCUCACGAGACCAGGACAGCCGACGGCGCAGGAGAGGCGUGCCCAUGCAGCACACCACCUGCCCUUCAGGCCCUGGUGCCCCGAGUGCGUGAUGGGGCGAGGCCGUGAGCGACCUCAUCCGAAGCAGCAGGACAGCCCUGAGCUCGACGCGGACCAGGUGCCGAUCGUGGAGAUGGACUUCUUCUUCGCAGCUACUGACGACAUCGCCAAGAAGUACCCGAUGCUCCACGGCUUCGUUGUGAAGCUCGUCGAGGCCAAGCGCAUCCCCAGGGACGAGAGACGCACGAUGAUCCCUGUGCUGAACAUCGUAGACGGGAGGUCGAAUGCUAUGGGCACACUGAUGACGAACAAGACGGUUGGGCAAUAUAAGACUCUGUACGUGGCAAAGCUGAUCGACUCGUGGGGUCACACCACAGUUGUUCUACUGACUGAUGGCGAACCCGCUAUCGUGGCCAUAGCCGAAGAUGUCAAGAAGCAUCGGAGCCAUGGCACCAUCGUUCGUAAAGCCGCAGCGCAUUCUCAUCAAAGUAUGGGGCGCGUGGAAGGCGCCAACUCUCUGGCAGCGGGCCUCUUGAGGACCUUCAGGUUCGCGCUGGAGAAGCGGUUGGAAGUCACGAUCGACGCCGACCACCCGAUCCUACCCUUCGUGACGAACGCGAUCGGCUGGUAUAUCACACGAUUCCAGCCGCGGGAGCACGGAGGGUCCUCCUACAAGUUUCUCUUUGGCAAGGAGUACGAUGGAGAAGUCGCCGAGAUCGGCGAGCAGGUUUGGUAUCGGAUCGCUGGGCGGGUAGCCAGCGGUCAGGGCAAGUUCGAGGCCCGCUUUGCCAAAGGCGUGUGGGCAGGCAAGUCGGAGUUUGACGACCAGCACCUAGUCGUGGACUUGCAGCGCGGGCUCCUCAAGGUGCGCACGGUGCGUCGCAUGCCCGAGGAGUUCCGCUGGUCCGAGGACCUGCUGAGGCAGAUCAGCGUGACGCCCUGGGACCCCGCGCCAGCUAGGGCCAAGGAGAUUGCGAGGCCCAAGGGCCUCUACAUCACAGAGAGGAUGAUUGACAGACAUGGACCGACUUCAGAAUGCCUCAAAUGUUCCACGGGGCGAGGACAGCACUCCGACGCUUGCAGGCAGAGGUUCGAGCACAUCGUCCAGGAGGAGCUCGAGCGGAGGCUCAAGACUGAGGGAGCCUCGCCAGCGACACCAGCGCCGCCUGGCGUGGAGCCUGGCUCGCCCGUGCCCGAGAGUGCGCCUGGUCCUAGUCAGCGCUCGCACCCUGAGGACCGAGCGCCGGGCACACCGAGGCCAGGAGCGCAGGUGCAGGAGGCCACGGCGGACCAACCCCCCAGGAGCUCUGUCGGGAACAUCCCCGACACGCCGAUGGACACCAAGGAGGACACGACUCGCAAGCAUCAGGUCGAGGCUGCAGGAUCCGAGGGCCAGGGCGGCAAGCGCCAGAGGAUCGAGCUUCUUGCGGGCAUGUCGGUGUGUGAGCUCGCGGUCUGCGAGGCGGGCGACUCCGAGGAGUACGACCCCGUCUGGGACCCGAUCCCCACGGCCGAGAGCCGAUGUGACGGCAGAUGCCCAUCACAUGGAGGACGGUGUGCACUUCGAGCUGACCACCGUGGAGGCUGCGCCUGUCGGCUGUGCCUGAUCCAUGCUGCGCGUGCCGUGGAGGCCCCGAGCGCAGUGGUGGCAGGCCUGUACAGCAUGUGGGCGGGCGGUCUGGAUGACGAGGUUGAGAGCCCGCAGAUGGUCCACUACGACUACUACUCAGGCGAGCCGUUGGACGAGGACCUCUACCAGGAGGGCAGGCGCGACGAGCUGGAGGCGAUGAUUGAGUACGGUGUCUACACGGAGAUCCCCAUCUCUCAGUGCCAGCCAGGGGGGAAGCACGUCAGGGGCUUUCCGAUCGCCCACAUGAAGGGCGACAAGGUGCGCUGGAGGUUCGUCGCGACCGAGGUGAACGACAAGCACCGCGAGGACAACCACCAGGGCACGCCGCCGCUGAUGGUCAUCAGGCUGAUCAUUUCCCUCGCAGCAUCCAAGUCUGAUGCUGACGGCGUGCACCGUCGUCUGCUGCGUGUCUGGGAUGUCCGCAAGGCGUUCUUCAAUGCAGACUUGGACGAGCUGGUCUACGUGCAUCCAGGAUGGGAGCUGUGUCCAAAAGGCUUCUGCUGGGUUUUGCACAAGGCGAUGAACGGGACGAGGAAGGCCUCGCAGCUCUGGGGCGAGACGAGCAAGGCAGCGAUCGAUGACGCAGGAGGCAAACCGCUGAAGGGCACAGCUGGGACCUACUACUUCGAGAACUUAGUGGGUGACGGCAUGGACGCCACGAUGUGCUGCCACGGUGAUGACUUCUUGGCGGAGGGCCACCGCGACACCCUCGACGCCAUCGGCAACUUCUUGGAGGCGAACUUCGAGGUCACCGAGUCCGAGAGCAUAGGCCCAGGUUACCUUGGAGAGCUGAACUACUUGAAGCGCAUAGUGGGCUACACGAGUGAGUUGCCCGAGACCAGGAUGCCAGGCUUCUACUGGAGUGCUGAUCCGAAGCGCGUGGAGGAGCUCAUCCGCUGGGGCCACAAGUCGGGCUCCAAGGCUGCGCCUACCCCUGGAACAAAGGCUACGGGGGCAGGCAUGAGGAAUGCCCUGGACCCACUGCCCGUGGCCGAGGCCAAGUCGACCUCUUCAGCGGCAGGACUGAGCCUGUAUGUCUCGAGUGACAGGCCUGAUGCUAUGUUCAGCUCCAAGACGAUUAUGCAGCACGUCAGCAAGCCAAACGUCCUUAUGAACGCACGUCUGCACCGGCUGUGCAGAUACUACGAGGGCGCACCGAGGCUGCUGUGGUGCUAUGAGCUCCAGGACUUACCAGAGGUUCUCCGAGUGGACGCGGAUGCCGACUGGGCGUCUACGACUAGCCUCUUCAGGACUUCGACCUCUGGAGGAGUUGUUCGUUUCGGAGGCCACACGGUCGAGGCGUUCGCAGUCAGCCAGGCUACUCAAGCGUUGUCGUCAGGAGAGUCGGAGUUCUACGCCAUCGGGAGUGGAGCUGCAAGAGGUUUGCAGGCGAAGCACUUCCUUGGAGAGGUGGGCGUCACAGUGCGCCUUGUCGUGGCCAGCGACAGUGCUGCAGGCAGAGGGAUCUGCCAGCGCCACGGUGUGGGCAAGGUGCGCCACCUCGAGUUACGGUAUCUCUGGCUACAGGACCGUGUACGGUUGCGACAGCUGGAGUUGAUCAAAGAAGCGACCACGGAGAUGGUUGCGGACAUCCUCACGAAGUAUGUGGAAGCAGAGACCCUGUUUAAGCACAUGGCGACCAUGAACCUGCGGCUCGUGCCGCUCGGAGCAGUAGUGGUGAGCGCGCUGCUACCGACGGUGCGCGGCCAGGAGACGGAGGAGGGCGCCAAAGGCGCGCCCUGGCUACUGAUUGUGAUGGCUUUGAGCUUAGCGUUGCUGUCUUUUCUAGUAGGCUGUUGUGCUGGAGCCAGAGUGGGCUCCACUGCGGUUUGCUACGAGUGUCCCGAGACGCUGAGUGAUGACAGCGCAGCUCCUGAGCAGACCGCAAGCGACGGAGAUGCGAGAGUGCAGCUAGUUCUUUCAAGGCUGACAGUGCCUGACCUACGAGCCAUUGCUCGUGCGAACAAGAUCGGCCUUGGGGUGGGCUAUGUAAGGAAGCAGCGCCUGAUCGAGAUGAUCAUCUCUGCUGGCGCGAGCCCCACCUGUGAGCAGGCAGAGCGCCUAGAGAGCGUUUGUGCCGUUCUUUCCAAGGCUGGUCUGAGUUGUUUUGUGCAGCCACGCCUGCUAUUCACGAAGCAGGGGCUGGAGAGUCAUUUGGUGCUGUUAGAGACGGCUUGCACGCCGUUGCGGAAGAUCUCGGAUUGA